GGAGCGGCGGGCGGGCGAUGCUGGCUGCCGCCGCCGCCGCCUGAGCGUCCUGCCCGGCCGGGCUCCCGCGGUGGUGGGCAUGGGGCUGGGCUCGAGCUCCGAGGUCCCCGACGGCGGCGCCGAGGGAUUCCACGUACACGGGGUUCAGGAAAACUCUCCAGCUCAACAAGGAGGACUGGAACCUUUUUUUGAUUUCAUCAUUGCCAUAGGACACACCAGGCUUAAUAAAGAAAACAAUAUGUUGAAAGAUCUGCUGAAGGCAAAUGCAGAAAAAGCAGUGAAGCUGGAGGUGUAUAAUAUAAAAACAAUGAAAAUAAGAGAGGUGGAGGUGAUCCCCAGUAACAUGUGGGGUGGACAAGGUCUUCUUGGAGCCAGCGUGAGGUUCUGCAGUUUCCAGGGAGCCAAUGAACACGUGUGGCAUGUUUUGGACGUUGAACCUGCAUCUCCUGCAGCUCUAGCUGGUCUCCAGCCCUACACUGACUACGUCGUUGGGUCUGAUCAGAUCCUUCAGGAGUCAGAGGAUUUCUUUUCACUGAUUGAAUCCCACGAGGGGAAGCCGCUGAAGCUGAUGGUUUAUAACACUGAAGCAGAUUCCAUUCGAGAGGUAGUUGUGACUCCCAAUGGAGCUUGGGGUGGAGAAGGAAGUUUAGGAUGUGGUAUUGGAUAUGGCUACUUGCACAGAAUUCCAACGCAGUCCUUAGUAUCAAAGAAAAAGCCAGAGAGCAAACCACCUUCACCCUCACCAGAAGCUGGAGCUCCUCUACCACCUAGUAAUGGUUACACAGAGACUCCAUUAUUGGCACCUGCUUCUCAGAGUGACAACUCUGAAAUAGUUACGAACUUGGAUCAUUCCGCAGAUCAAGAAAUGGGUGGUUAUUCACCAGAAAGCUCACUUUCUCCUCCUCCCCCUCUCCAGAGAGUUAUGGAUCCAGGAUUUCUAGACAUGUCUGGUAUUUCAUUUCCUGAACUCACUGACUUAACAAAAAUGUCCAACAUGUCUUCGUCUGCCUCCUUCAACAUGCCAGCAGCAGAUGCUUUAGUUGGCACUGAGAAGUUGAGCAGUGAAGCUUCAGUUUAUUUUGAAAAUGCCACAGCUUUGGACCCUGACAAUGUCACCGUGUGUUCUGAAGGUGCAGCCAAGCAGCCCCAGUUGGAGGACCUACCCCCUUCAGUUCCAUCUUUACCUUCGUUUACUCUACCUAAUGAAAUUGUUUCAAAACCAACACUAGGACCCGAUCCCGAUAACCAAGAACCAAAGCUGCUGUUGAACAGUUCUGAGAGCUCGUUAACCGCUGCUCUGGUGACACCAGGUGAUGAAGCAGCACGUGAACACAAAGAGGAAGAAGCUGGGCAAGAUGAUGAGUGAAAUGGAUGCUGCUGCUUUUGUUUACAGACUAUAAUACUACAGCUGGGAAUAUUUUUCUGAUCUUGAAAGAAUUACAGCUAUUUUUGUUAGUGUAGACAAUAUUAUAAAAGAAAUCAUAUGAAAUACAUACCUUAUUGUCUUUUCCAAUCACUGUUUAACGGAUUGAUCUCUGUUCAAACUUCGAAUGCUGUCUAAAAUCACCAAAUAAAUGGAGAAAUUAAUGCAGAAA